AUGGGAGAACCAAGCAUCAACUAUGAAGAGACAGGUGCUACUAUCAAUGAUCCAGCAGUGGGAAUGCCCGAGCCCAGCGAAUUGAAGAUGCAAGAGGUUCACCAACGAUAUGAUUCGGAACGGGAGAGACGACUGCGACCAGACGGUUUUACGCAGUACGUGAACUUCGUUGAUGAACCUGCGCCAGACCUUCAGCCAGCAGAGAAGAUUGCGAUCGACAAUAAUCUGGACCAGCAAAAGGAUUCCCGAGUUCUCAUUGUUGGUGCUGGCUUCGGGGGACUACUAUUCGCAGUUCGUCUACUUCAAACUGGCCUUUGCCAGCCCAAUGAAUUACUGCUUGUGGACAAAGCUGGUGGCUUCGGAGGGACAUGGCGGUGGAAUAAAUAUCCUGGCUUGACAUGUGAUGUUGAAAGUUACACCUACAUGCCCUUGUUGGAUGAGACGAAUUACACGCCCUCGCACAAAUAUGUCUCUGGGACCGAGCUGAAAGAGCACGCGGAACGAAUCGCCAAUCAAUGGAAGCUCAAGAAUCGGGCCUUCUUCGGAACGAAAGUCGAUGGAAUGGAUUGGAAUGACGAGGAUGCCCAGUGGAAAGUACACAUAACAACGAAAAAUCACUUACCUACGAUUCUGAAAUCAGAUAUUGUCAUCAUGGCCAACGGUCUGCUGGACUUCCCAAAGAUACCUAAGCUGUAUGGCCUUGACACAUACAAGGGUCAUGUUUUCCAUACAUCGCGCUGGGACUACACUUGCACCAGAGGAAGCCCAGACAAUCCCACAAUGGACAAAUUACACGACAAGACGGUCGGGUUUGUGGGAACAGGUGCAACUGCAGUCCAGGUAAUUCCACACUUGGCUCAGUGGGCGAAAAAGGUUACUAUCUUCCAGCGUACGCCAUCGUCCGUGGAUGGUCGGGAAAAUUCUGUCACAGAUCUCACUUGGUGGAAAACGAUGGUCCAGGAAAAGGGCUCUGGAUGGCAACGAGGACGUAUGGAAAACUUCAACUCCUUCAUAUCUAAUGACCCUCAAGUGCCAGAUGUCAAUUUGGUGGACGAUGCGUGGACCAGACUGCACACGUUCAGCGCACUAAUUGGUAGUCGCUCAAGUCUUCAACCCCAGUACCUGACACAGAUGGAAAAGCUGGACUUGCAUCACCAGGAAAGAAUUCAUCAUCGCAUUGAGGCGACGGUCACAGACCCAGCAACUGCAGAGCUAUUGAAACCGUGGUAUCCCCGUUGGUGCAAACGGCCGUGCUUUAGUGACAACUUCCUAGCAACCUUCAAUCGACCCAAUGUCUCAUUGAUAGACACAAAGGGAAAAGGCGUCCAAACGCUGUCAGAUCGCGGAUACAGAGUUGGGAGUAACGGUAAUGUUGUUGAACAUGUGCCUAUCGUCGGACGCGGCAACCAGACCCUGCAACAGAAAUGGCGGCAAGAUGGAAUGGCCUCACUGCAUGGUAUAAUGACGUCCGGGUUCCCCAAUCUGUUCUUUCCAGGUCCGUACCAAGCAGGUGCCACUGCCAAUCGGAUAAUCUCGGAAGCAGACAGGGGCAACUCAGGGACGACAAGGUUUAAUGUUGAGCCCAGCUACACCGAGGAGGAAGAAUGGACGACACAGGUGUUGAUGAGAGCACGAGCACUUGCAGGUGUCGGUCACUGCACCCCUGGUUAUUACAACCGAGAAGGGCUUCAGCUCGAUGAAAGCGAGGGUUUCAAAGCCGCACGCUCUUGCAUAUGGGGACAGGGGAUCAAGAGCUACGUCGAAACCAUUGAGGAAUGGCGACAGAAUAGCCGGUUGGCCGGUCUUGACAUCCAGUAUCGGUAG